CGCCUUCCUGUUUCGCGACGUUCAUUUCCGGGGCAUUGCCAAGAGGGGGGCUGUUGAGGCCGGUUGAGAGCCAGGGUGGGGGGGAAAGGGGCAGCGGAAGCCCCCCUUCAACCCGGGGGUAGUUCUUGGCGAACGUCUUGAUCAGGGGAAGGAGGCGCUCUGGAUCCCAUGGAGUCUUCGUCCUCCAUUGAGGCAAAGCUGAGGAUGGAGGGAGUGGAGCUGAAAGAGGAAUGGCAAGAUGAAGACUUCCCACGACCUUUGCCGGAAGAUGACCAUGUUGAAGAACUGCCAGAUGCCACAGGAAGAGGAGACCCUUCUGAAGUCAAUGGCCACAAAGGGAAAAAGAAGCUGCUGGCCCCGAACAUAAGCCUGGCUCUGGAUCGCAGCGAAGAGUCGGUUUUGUCAGACGAGUUGGAUGAAAGCGGGGAGAUUGACCUGGAUGACCUAGACACCCCCUCUGAGAACAGCAACGAGUACGAGUGGGAAGACGACCUUCCGAAACCCAAAUCGACCGAAGUGAUUCGGGAAGGCACGCUUCCGGAGUACUCGGCGUCCGAGGAGAAAGAGGAGGAGCGGCGGUGGCGCAUGUUCCGGAUCGGGGAUCAGUCUCACCGGGUCGACAUGAAAGCCAUCGAGCCCUAUAGGAAAGUUAUCCGGCACGGAGGAUAUUAUGGCGACGGACUGAAUGCUAUCGUUGUGUUCACUGUUUGUUUCAUGCCGGAAAGCAGUCAGCCAAACUACAAAUACUUAAUGGAUAAUCUAUUCAAAUUUGUGAUUGGAACGCUAGAAUUGCUAGUGGCUGAGAACUACAUGAUCAUUUACCUCAACGGCGCCACGACACGGAGGAAGAUGCCCAGCCUGGGCUGGCUCAGGAAGUGCUACCAACAGAUCGACAGGAGGCUGAAGAAAAACCUGAAAUCCUUAAUCAUCGUUCAUCCGUCCUGGUUUAUUAGGACUCUUCUGGCAAUCACGAAACCUUUUAUUAGCUCAAAGUUCAGCCAAAAAAUCAGAUAUGUCUUCACUCUGGAAGAACUGGCGCAGCUGGUCCCCGUGGAAUCCGUGGGCAUCCCGGACUGCAUAAAACAGUAUGAAGAAGAAAAAUUUAAAAAGAAAGCCAAAAGAAUUGACCAAGAGCUUAAUGGAAAACAGGAACAGAAGACGGAACAGUGAAAGUUUCUCUCUCUCUCUUUUUUUUUUUUUGGCCUUUGGAGUCAAACCGAGACUGAGAAACGUGCCGACGGAAUGACGUCUUGCCUUAACCUGUUGCGGCGGAAGGCUUGGCUCCAGCCUCGCACCCGGCGGAGUCUGUCCCGCCGCGUCUGUUUGCCCGUCCAGACUUAUAGCUGCCUUUAUUGUAACUACCUUAUGCCGCAGCGUCAAGGAGCACCAUAGAAGCCGCCUCUGUUUUAUCUAAAGGAUGCUUUUUUUCCCAGUCCAUAUUUAUAUGCAUAAAUGUUAAAAGAAAGCAAAGAGAAUAAUAUAUAUUUUUAUGACUUCUUAAAAACUAUAUAUAUAUACGGCCUGCCUGCAGGGUUUUCGCAAAGCGAGCGAAGGCCGUCGGCGACUGUUGUUAUUCAUUUGGUAAUACACGUGCACGGCAACGUUGUAUAAAUGGUCAUCGGCCUCUCCGUCCACAGAACAUCCCCCCCCCCCCAAAAAAAAACACUCUGCUAGUCAGAGAUAACCAGCUGUGUGACAUGAAGGCGAGGCUUCAAUUUUGGAUGUAACCAGCAAUAGUUUUUUCCUCCUUCAGCGACUCCUCUUGGCCCCAAGUACCCAGCCUGACCUCCAACCUAUUGCCUAGAAGGCUUUAAGUUUUGCACCUGAUUCGCCGUGCUUGUGAACAGGGCAGUAGCUCGGGCCUCCGGGCUCAUUUGAACCACGGAUGUCUGAUGCACACGCGGCCUUUCUCACCCAAAGGUCUGUGUUGGCACAGCCGAGCCACGUGGUUCAUGGGACGUGCCAACUGUCCAGGCUGAAGACGAAGGGCGGAACUGUGCAUUAAUCUAGCACUGGGCUGCUGCCAAAACUGCCCCCCUCCCGUGGUAUGUCCCCUCUCUCUCCCUGAAGCAUAGCACAUUUUGCUCUUCCUGUUGUGAUGCGUUUCCCUGCCCUCCAAUGAGAUGGGAUGGAGAAAUUCACCAGGGAGACACAGGCCUGGUGGAGAGUUCCAGUUUAGCAGGGAUAGAACAUGACGCGGGGUGCUAUUUUUCAGCGGCAGCUCCGUUUCCGUCCCCUCCUUUUUAUGCAAGGGUGCACCGCUUUUCUGCCGUUCGGUAGACACACCGUGCCUUGUGCUUUUUGAUCCAGCACCUUCCACGAGCACUAAAUUCACUUUAUAGAGUUUAAAGGAGUCUUUAAAAAAAAAAAUCCUGCACGUCCACAAACUUUUUCACUUGUUUGUGCUAGUGUGGCCGCAAUCCUUGUUCAUGCACACCCACAAACUUUUCACUUGUUUGUGCUAGUGUGGCCGCAAUCCUUGUGCAUCUCGAGUGAAUGUCAGUCGCAGGUUUAGCCCACGCACCAAUCGCCACACGUUGACGUUCUGAGUUAUCUACUGAGAAACACUUUGCUAACCUUUAGCAGAAGACUUUUCAAGGAAUGUUUCGUUUGCCUUUUUGGAGGAAAAAAAAAGUCUUGUCACUUGUAAGCUACUGUCGACAUGUCGCCCGUCUCCGAACAGUGUUUUAUGUGGGAAACGCUAGCUGUGUUGGUUCAUAAAAUAUAGUCAAUAAAUAAGUGUUUUUACAGAAAA